CAAUUCGCCGCAUGGCGCUCGGGUUGUUUUGACAGAGUGUUUUCCUCUCUGGAAAACUGCAGUUUUUCCCAGGAAAAUCCUUGCCGUCGAAGUGUGCAAAAUGCCUCUCCUGAUUGAGGACUACGAGCAACAGUAUUCUGCACUGAUUGCAAAGAUAACAGCGCAGAUUUCACAUCUCAAUAUUGCCCCCAAAAGCACACGGAAUGAACUGAUUCAGGGGAUAACAGCGAACUGCGAAGAGGCCAGGGAGUUGCUGGAACAGAUAAGCCUAGAAAUCCGGGAAGCUCCUCCGGAUCAGAGGUCAGGACUCACUAGUAGAGUCAAUUGUUACGAAGUGGAGCUCAAGAGGCUACAGCAGGAAUUCAUAAAGAGCAAGAAUUCCACUCUGGGCGCAGCCAACCUUGAAUCUGACGAGGAUUUUUCAGACAUUGGCAUUCAAGAUGAGUCAAAGAGGCGUCUUCUGGACAACUCUGAACGCCUGGAGAGGACGGGAAAGCACUUAGACGAAGGCUACAGGAUUGUUCUGGAGACUGAAAACCUUGGAAACAGCAUUUUGCAGGAUUUAUCUUCACAAAGAGAAACAAUCCAGAGAUCCAGGUCGAGGGUUCAGCAAAUGGAUGUGGAAUUGGGAAAGUCAUCACGGAUCCUCAAUUUCAUGAUGCUGCGAUCUCUUAAGGAGAAAAUUAUUCUGGCCGGAGUUGGUGCUGUGUUUAUUGUAGCUAUUUCCUUUAGUAUCUACUAUUCCGUGAAGUAA